AUGUUUGCAGCAAUGAGUCUUAUUGUCAAGGAGAAGCUGUAUGUUGAGAAGAAUCCCAUGAGAAGACUUCGAAGCCACAUCGUGCUGGGUCAUCGAGAGGACCCUGACGUUCUCAACGAUGACCUAUCACAGUUAAUGUCUCUUCGCUCUGACUGUGCAUCUUACAAAGAUGAAGAUCCCAAACCUCUCACGCGAGAGCGCUGUCACUCGCUUCUGGACUACUACAGGUUAUUAUGCCUGGUCCAGAAUCGAUUUCCUCUCUUCAGUGUCAAAUGUUCCUUUUCGUGGAAAGAUGCCUUUAAGCCGGAGCUAGAAGCCAGCCAGGAUAACAUCCAUCUGGAGAAAGCAGCUGUUCUAUUCAACCUAGGAGCUCUCUACAGUCAGCUUGGACUCGGCCAUGACACUAGCACCGUUGAAGGUCGGCGUAACGCUUCACAGGACUUUUUAGCAGCAGCAACUGCCUUUUCCUACCUGCGCCAAAAUGAAUCCUUCAAGGCCUCGGUGGAGGAAUGCACGGUUGAUCUCAGUGUAGCCUGUAGUGGAAUGUUGGAGUCCCUCAUGCUUGCUCAGGCACAGGAACUGGUCUCUCUCAACUUUCUGGAAGAGUCAACAAGCAUCGAUGCUGUUAAAGCAAAACUUUGCUCCCAGGUUCUCAAGGCACUCAAUGCUGCUCCUCUCAGUGACUCCUUUGAGAAAAGCUGGAGUUCAUAUGCAGAGCUCAAGUCAGCGCUAUUCUAUGGUGAAGCUUGCCUUUUGCAUGAGGUGGAAGCCACUAAUUUCAGACCAGCAAGGCUUAGUGAUGCAAUGAGUCGUUUAAGAAGGGCUGUGAAAUCUGCAGACAAGGAACAUGUCAGUCUCCAACAAGAAGGUAUCAGUUUAAUUGAAAGGCUUAAGAACAUUCAAUCAGAUUUUUUGGGUGAUACCGAGGAAGAAGUGAGCCUCUCUACUUGUACCGAUCUUUGUGCCAUGCCAUCCUUCUCUGUCGUUGGAAUUCUGAGGGAGCUGCUGUAUGCCACCAAUGAGAGCAUGUUCUCCAAUGAGAUACCACGCAUCGUCGACUCUGACGACUUGCUUCCACUCCACAAGAAAGUUGCUUUCUCCAGGUACACGUCUAAUGUUGAUGAAAAGAUUGGGAGAAUGGCUCAGGUCGAAGUCCAGGAAACUACUCUGGGUGUGAAGAGUGUGACUGGAGAAGAGGAGCCUACAUCCGAGAGGUUCAAAAUGUAUGAUAAAAUUGUGGAGACGAGAUCAAGCAUUCUAAAAUCCGUGAGAGCUGGUAAAUCCCGUGCCGAUAUUCUCCAUGCGUUUGGUGUAGCUCCUACUUUUCAGCAUGAUGGUUUAGCUGUCAAGUUCGAGGUGGCUCAGGCUGCGAUGAGAAGACACAAGGAGGUACACACGAUCGAUGUGCAUGCGUUUGAGAUUCAACUGGAGAAGAUCACACAAUGUUUCAAUGCUAGGGACUAUAGAUCAUCCGGAAAAAUCAUCCGCCCUCUCGAAGAACAACUUGACCGGCUCCACUCACCACAUGCUUUGGAGAUUGCAGCUUCUCUGGACUCUGCCCUACUGCUCAAAGCUAAGCUGGAGACAUCCAAACCUGCAGGUUUUGAUUUCCUAUCGGAGGUCACAGAGUUUGAGCUAACCACAGUUGCAGGGAAGAUCGAGUAUCUGGUAAAGAUGAAGAAGAAAGAAGAAGAAAUACCAAAGCAGCCAUUCCCAGAGAUGAUGAAAGAGGUUCAAGAUGCCUUUGCUCGUGGAGAGUUCAAGAGCUGCAAGACGUUACUCAAUAAGAUCCAGGGUAUGAUUAUGAUGAGGUCCUUGGUCAAGAGUUCUCAGUGA